AACAUUCACUCUUGUAGCUGGAAAAUUCGUCUAGUUUGAAAUUUUCACUCAAAACGAAAGGAUGGUCUCAUGGAUUUUCUUUCUAUUAUUUAGUUUCUAUUUAAAAUCGGCACAAAGUUCACCUCAAUGGGAAUUAAAAUCGUGUGAACCAAAUUGUGCAUUACGAUUAGAACAAAUGGGAGUGCGAGUGAAAUUUCUUCAGGAUAAUUGCAAAUGUGAAAAUAGCAUUUGUCAGUGUUGCUUCCAAGGCAGUUUUCCACAAUCGAAUAUGACCCAGGAGUUUUGCAUGCAGAGUGCAUUCCGAGCUGAAUAUCUAGAACUUCAAGUUAAAGCAACUAUGAACGGAAACACAAUGGGACAGUUUAUGUUAUCGGGAAGAAAUCCUCCACCGCUGUGUUUUCCAGUUCCAUUUCCUAUUCCGAUUCCUCUGUCAAUGUGCAUAAGAGGUAUGGAUAUUUAUCCAAAGGAUAACAACAUGCAUUUGUGUGUUGACAUGCUGAUGAGAUUUUCCGGUUUUGAGUUUCUGACACUUCAUUUAAAUUGCAUGUGGAUUGGAUUGGGUGGUGUACAGUUUGUUAAUCAAAGAUAACUUAUUGUA